GUGGGAUUAAGCGCGAGUAUUAUUAUUACAGUAUUACUUCUUUCCACGUAUCCGGUGGGCGGUGAUAGUUUCACCAGGCUUGUUGACCGAGUCAAAUGAGCCACCAACCGCCAUGGAAAUUUCCACACCACAUCCUUCUCGAAGUCGGAAUCCCAUGACCUCUCACUUAAAAUCGCCCAAACUUGAUCAAACCUAUAUAAUCAUCUCUGGUUUUCGCAAAACAAAGAGUUGCAGAGAAGAGAAGAGAAGAGAAGAAAACGAAACACAGUAAUUUCGAUUUUGAAUUUUUCCGAUCAGUAAAGUUAUGGAGGCUUCCGAUAUAGCGAGGUUGAAGGCGGACUGGCUCGAUCGGAGCGUCAACUGGAGCAAAUACUCCACCUACGACGGCUCCUACGAUCCCCGGACUUUCAGCGGGAAGCUCGACGAUCACGAGAUGGAACUAGUGAAGAUCGACAUGAUGACAUACAGGCUAGCCAGGUUGCGCGCGGAGACCACGAAUCGUGACUUCUGUGAGGUUCGACUGGAGGUGGAGAUGGAAGUGAUGGUCGAGCUCGCAAGGAUUCUGGCGGACACUAUCGAGCCGGCGUACAGCGGGUCGCUGGCGACGGUGGUGGAGGAAGAAGCGGUGGUGUGCGCGGUGUGUCAGGAUGAGAUGAAGAAGGGGGAAGAAGCGAGAGCGAUGGGAUGCAAGCACUUUUUUCAUCCGCUCUGUAUUAUCGAGUGGCUGAGAAGGAAGGAGACUUGUCCUCUGUGCAGGUACCAGAUGAAGCCUAAAGAAUUUGAUGUGACAAAGAUGCGAGAUUGAUUGAAGAUUUGAAACCGUGGAGAAUUAGGGUUUUCCCUUCAUUAGUUUUAGACCGAUAGAUUGAGAGAAGCGAUACAUACGCGCAGAGACGGAGGUCAACAAUCAUAGUCCUUGGCGGUUGAC